GUUAAGAAAGCGACAACGUAUAUAUGUAUGUAUAUAAGCUUCUAAAAGUAAAUAGUUCAAACGAAUACGCGUAAGAAGCCAUAUAAAACCGUUAGUUAAACUUUUCAUAGAGGCAUAUUUGGCGCAUGCGUUGAUCAAACCACAUCUAUUACUAUCUAACUGACGUUUGUGACACCUUCAAAUCAAAAUUGCUACCCCCACUAAGACCCUUUACUGCAGCUACUAUACAUUAGGUAUGGGUUCACAAACAAAAAAUCGAUCAAAUUGCUCGAAAUUGAAGUUCUCACUGAAUCAUUAGACAUCACGCAGUGCGCGUUCCUAAUAUCAUAUAAAUCGAAUUAAAAAUAAUUAAAACUUUGUGUUAAGGAUGGCUGAAGGCACAUAUGAAUAUGAAUGUAUGAGAGCUGAAUUGCUGGGCAUAGAAAAGCCUGAUGAGGAAGAAUUCGAGAGGGCGCGCGCAGAGCGCUUGAAACGUGAACAAGAGGAAUUAGAGACCGCCGAGGCUGCGCUUCUUGAGCAGCAAGAAGAUCAAAUGCGUAAUGUAGGCGGACGUUUGGAUGAACUAAAUACAAUAUUAUCAUCAACACAACAGAAAUUAAAUCGAUUCAAGCAGACAGCAUGUGGUAGUCUAUCGAAUAUAUUCAAUCGUGGUUCAGUUGAUAUACCAGAUGGCACACCAUCCACCUCCGCGACUGCCAGUCGACGUAAUACCACUGCAACUGGCGGCAGUAUUAGUGGACAUCAUAAUGUUGAGAAUGAUGGUGGUGAUAUAAAUAAUGCUCUAGAAGGUCUUGACGAUAUGAAAGAACAAGAGAAUUCAAGUGAUAUAAAACCCAUUAUACCAACGGAGAAAAUCAGAGAAGCCAAAAGAGAUAUACAAAAGAAGAUGACCUCACAUCUGGACAAAUUGGACUCUUUAAUUAACAAGGCCGAGAAUGCGGAGAUUUCAAUGUCAGAGCAAACAAAGCAAAUGAGUCGCAUGGCAAAAUAAGGUGUUAAAUUCAAAGUAUGCACAUGAUGGUAUAACGAUGACUAAGGAAUAAUUAAACAAACGUUAUUUCAAGGUUGCGAAGAUUUGCGGGUAUUUAAGGAAAUGUCAGUGAAUUUGAAAGGAAAUAUAAAAGUAAUUCUAAAGUGUUAAUAUUAAAAGGCAUUUGGUUUUUGGUUUAGUACAUACCUCUGUGCUCAUAUCUAACAGAAAUUAUGUUAAUUUAUCAAUAUAAUAUUGGUUAAGUAGAAAAUAUUUAAAUAAAAACUGGAAAUAUUACUGUUAAUGAAAGUUUAACGAAAUUAACUAGAAAAAUAUGUAACCACCAACGUCAAACGUCUACAUUCUAAGCUUAAAAUGUAUAUCAGGGAGCAUUAUAUACAUAUGUACAUACUUGUAAUGCUUGCUAACUCUUAGUUAAUUUUGAAUUAGAUAUAUGUGUAUAUAGGCAUAUAAAACGGAAGCAAAACGUAUUUGUUAUAUAUGUAUGUAUGUAUAAAAAACAAACACCAAAAUAUGCAUUCAUAUGUACACAUUUCAAUAUGCAUAUAUAUGUACGCAUAUUGCCUGGAUUCUCCAGAGCAAACGUGCACUAAAAGAAAAAAUUAGCCAAAAAAUCAGAAAGAACGCCAUAAAAACACUUAAGUUUAUAUUUAUAUAUGUAUCAUCAAAAUAAAAAAUUUGAAGGAAUAAUAGACAAAAAGAUUGACGUGCAAGUAUGAGCUUAAAAAAUUUCAACGAAGCAAAAAAAUUCGAUUGGAUUCCACAACAUCGUCAAUAACGCAGCCCAAGAAAAUUCUACGAUUUUACACCAACAAUUUUACCUAAAAGUUCCAUCAAGAUAUAUUUGCGCAGAAGUUCUCGCCAGUUGGCCUGUUUUUUUCAUCGUCUAGUGGAUUCGGGCAUGUUUCCAAAUAUCGCAACGCAGCAAAAAACGACGAAAACAGAAAUAAUGCUAAGUGGUGGUGGCGACCUUGCGAAAUCAUUCAAGCAAUCUGAUUGUGAAUGUGAGCUCUAAAUUAAUAAUAAAAAA